AUGCUUACAAGGCGUUCGAAACGACCAGCCACCUCAACCGUAGUCUCGGUUAUACACCCAAAUGACGAGCUCAAGGUCAUUCUUCCACCUCGAAAGCAAAAACCAUCCAAAAUCACACUCCUUCCGCCCGAAAUCCUCUCCAGUAUCUUUGCCAACGUACUAUCUCUUUGCAACUACGACUAUGUCGGGUCUAUCUCGAACAAUAGGACAGCCAUCAUGCUCGUAUCAAAGCUUUUCCACCAACUUGUUGUCUCAAAUCCAUUCCUGUGGGCAUUCAUACCGGUUUCUGGGCCGAUGCCAAACAGGCCAGCCAUUGAGCGAACGAUCUCCUUCACCGGGCAAGUCAUACCGCUCCAUUUUCAUUUUGACUUGCGCACCCAAGAUGAAGAGGAGGAAUGGUGUACCCCACAAAUGAUGGAGUGUGAUUUUGGAUGGUUUUUGCUUUCGAGGUGGAAGAAUGACCUUGAGCUCGUCAUUUGGCAUGAUGACACUGGAUUUAUCAGCUUUUCCAUAAUAAAUAGUAUAAAAAGGACUAGCCUUACCGGGAAACAGGGUGUCGAAGUCACAGAGAGACAGGAAGAGGACAGGGUGCACGCGAAGAAGCUUGGCAAAUUGAUGUGCAAUGGCGGGGACGCCGAGUUUUGUUCGGAAUGGCUGGGUCCAAAUAAGCCUGCGGCGUGGGCAAGGCUUACCAUACUCGAGCUUGUGCAUGGACCCCUUUCAAAGGAGUUAGGACACACCAUCAUCCUCAAUGUAACUGUCUCUGUGGCUUCGGUUCCUCUUCAAGUGUCGGCUCCUUAUUCGG